AUGACUGACUCUCUUCCACAGCCCGAGUUUAACCCGGCAAAGCCCAAUGGCGGCAACCCAGAUGUCGAGAAUGUCAACCUUCAGUACCAGGGAUUGGAGUUCCACUACAUCUACCUGAUGCUCAUGAGUUUCCUCGUCUGGCUGAUUAUCCCCGGUAUUGGUAUUCUCUACUCUGGUCUUGCUCGCCGCAAGUCGGCGUUGGCUCUACUAUUCCAGUCACUCGCAGUCAUGGGAGUAGUCUGCUUCCAAUGGAUGUUCUGGGGCUACUCCCUCGCCUACUCACGCACAGCUGGCCCCUUCAUCGGCAAUAUGGACAACUUCGGCCUGAAGAACGUCAUGUCCGCCCCCUCGCCCGGCUCAGCCUUCCUCCCCGAAAUCGUCUUCUGCCUGUACCAAAUGCUCUUCUGCGCGGUCACCGUACAGCUCGUGAUCGGCGGCUCCUUUGAGCGCGGCCGCAUCCUGCCGUCGAUGAUCUUCGCCUUCUGCUGGGCGACAAUCGUAUACUGCCCCAUUGCGUGCUGGACGUGGAACGCCAAUGGCUGGCUAUUCAACCUCCCCUCCCUCGACUUCGCAGGCGGCGGCCCCGUCCACAUCGCCAGCGGCUGGUCGGCCCUCGCUUACGCCCUCGUCCUCGGCAAGCGCCUCCCCAAGGGCGACGCCAUCCACGGCAAGGCGCACAACCCCACGCUGGUCUUCAUCGGGACGGUAUUCAUCUGGUUCGGCUGGUUCGGGUUCAACGGCGGCAGUGCGCUGAACGGGACUAUGCGCUCGAUGCUCGCAGCCUUCAACACCAACACGGCUGCGUCUUUCGGCGUGCUGGGCUGGACGCUCGUAGACUACGUCCGCACUAAAGGCCACUUCUCCGUCGUGGGCGCUUGCUCCGGCGCCAUUGCUGGUCUGGUCGGCAUCACCCCCGCAGCAGGCUUCGUCUCCCCCUGGCUCGCCGCCCUAAUCGGCUUCCUCACAGGCGCUAUCUGCGCCCUCUGCGGCUCAAUCGACAAACUGCUCCGCAUCGACGAAGGCAUGGACGUCUUCAAACUGCACGGCAUCGGCGGCAUGGUGGGUUCCUUCCUCACGGGUCUCUUCGCACAAUCCUGGCUCUACGACCUCGACGGCAUGGGGCCCUACGACGGACUCGGCGCCAUGGACGGCGUCGGCGUGCAGGUUGGGCGCCAACUUGCGGAGAUCGUGGCGAUUUCUGCGUACUCGUUUGGCGUUUCUUGUGUGCUGCUUUAUGGGCUGAAGUUUUUGCCCGGCAUGCAUUUGAGGGUUAGUGAGGAGGUGGAGAUGGUCGGGUUGGAUAGGGAUCAGUUUUUGGAUGAGCAGAUUGGGGAUUGGAGUUUGGUUCAGAUGGUGCAGGGAGGCACGAGCAUAACACCAGCCCAGCAGUCCAACCCACCCAAACCAAGCACCAUCAUGACACAACACGGCACACGACAAUAUAGCAGUGUGUUAAGAACGCAGCGCAUAACAACAGAAAGGAGCAGCUCACGCAUCAAACAGAGAAGCUGA